AUGGUCGGAUCUAAGGAUAUACCACCUCGAACGGAAGGUGUAAAUACGAUCAUCCUCAAGUCUAUGUGCACAAAGAUCAAGUUCCCCCCUAAAGACACCAACUUGACUAGCAUGGUAGCCAUCGUGACUGGCGCCAGCAGUGGUCUUGGUCUCGAAUGCAGCAGACAGAUGUUGUCUCUAGGGUUGUCUCGUCUCAUCAUUGCCGUUCGAUCAGUAGAGCGAGGCGAAGCUGCUGCUGCCAAUUUACGAAAAGCCUACCCCAAAGCGGUAGUAGACGUGUGGACAUUGGAAAUGGAGUCGUACCAGUCAAUCCAGGAUUUCGCCCAUAGAUGCGAAACCGCCCUCGUUCGCCUUGAUAUCGCAAUCCUGAAUGCGGGCCUCACCCAGUCCAAGUUUGGUAUUGUUCCUUCUACGGGGCAUGAAAGAACAAUACAGGUAAAUUAUCUAUCCACGAUGCUUCUCGCCAUCCUCCUUCUUCCGAUCCUCAAGGAAAAGACUGCAAGUUCCCCUGGCCGCAUGACCAUCGUCAACUCUGGAGUAUCGCUUACCGCGAAGUUUCCAAACCAUGCGCAAAGACCGCUACUUCGGUCAUUCGACGACACCAGCAUUACACCCUGGGAUCCCAUGGAGCGUUAUUACUCGUCAAAACUUCUUGGGCAACUCUUUUUCGCCAAGUUGGCUGAUUAUAUCAAGGCUGAUGACGUCGUCGUCAACAUCAUUGAGCCUGGAUUGAUCAAAGGCACUGGAUUGCAUCGUGAUAUAACAGGUAUCAACGGAGCUAUCAUGGCUGCUUUUAAAGCAAUAACUGCAAGAACUCUUGAAGAAGGCGCCGCAGUAUACAUUGAUGCUGCUAUUGUGAAGGGAAAGGAAUCGCACGGGUGUUUCCUUAUGGAUUUCGAUGUCAAGCCGUGA